GAAUAAGUUCCCAUCCCGCUCAUGCGAACACAGGCAAUGCGUUUUCCCAUGAUUUACCAGGCGAGAAGCAUAUGCAGAUUUGAGCUCGGAUGCAAGGAGAUGAAGCUGUUGAUAAACUUGAGGCCUUAUUAUCACAGUUAGAGCAUCUCCAAGAGCCUAGCCAAAUGGCUCGCCAAGUUAAAAUUUGGCUAACUUGCACAAAAAAUCUACUCCAACAGACUAGCUAAAUGCCUCUCCAAGCCAUCCGGCUGGCUAAAUUCCCCACUAGACUAGCCAAAGUUGGCCAGCCAAAACCGGCUAGCCAUAUGUGGGACCCACGCCUGUUUCCCCCUCUCUCUCCACGUGGCAGUGCGGCACGCAAAUGUGACGAGGGCGCCGUCGUCGCCGCAGUCGGGCACCGCCGCCCCGUCAUCGCCGCGGCCGGCCACCGUCACCGCCACCGCCGAGCUCCGCCCCGAGCUCCAUUGCCGGCCCCUCUAGAUCCGCCGUCGAGGUCGUCGCGAGCAGCUGCCACCGAGCUCCACCCCAAGCGGCGUCGAGGUCGUCGUUGCGAGCCGCCGGCGUCUCGCCUCCUGCCUCCCCGUGCCGCCGCACCACCGCGCGCGGCCGCCCGCCUCCUCGCAUCGCCGCACCACCGCCAGCGAAGAGAGCAGCACCGGCGGGUAGAGCCCCCGGCGGCGGUGGAUGGCGACGCAGCCCGAGCGGCGGUGGGGAUGGGGAUAGGGCGGCGGCGGCGGAUGGGAGAGGGAAGGAGGGUUUGGAGAGAAGGGGAGAAAGGUGAGAGAAAAAAAGGAGGUGUAGAGGCUGACAUGUGGGCCCAAUUGUCAUAGACUCAGAAUAAAGAGGACGAAUGGAGAGGCUGUUGGAGUAAAAGACAAUUUGAUUUGCUAAAUUAAAUAGAGAGUUGGCCAAAUAGACAUUUGGAGAGACUAUUGGAGAUGCUCCUACCACGGGACGCAGACCUACCUAGGCUACCAACCUCUACAAGGAGACUCUUCCGUUCCCCUCUGCCAGUUCCGGAGGCGUAUUCUAUAAAACCCGUCAGCUAUCAGGGAAAACGGAAUCAGUACAGCGCGCGAGCCGAAGAAACCCGCAAGCCCGAAGCGAAAGCGUAUUUUUGGCGGAGAGAGGAAGCGACGACUGGGCCAGGUGGGCCGUUGGCUGGGCCGUGGGACGCGGAAGCCCACACCACCCGACGGAGGAGAGGAGGAGGAGGAGAGCUCCCACCCACCAAUGGCGGCGGCUGCGCGCGGAGUUCAUCUGAUCGUGCUCCCAAGGAUUGUCUAGUUCACUAUGUUGGGGGAUUAGAUUGUUGUCACUAUGGUUCCUGAGAAAUCCGAAUCAAGUAAAGUAAGCAAUAGAAAUUAGAAUGCUUCAUCGACUGCCUCCCGAAAGACCUGAUUGAGCCUUCCGGUGAAAACUUUGUUGAGAUGCAGUGGUGUUUGCAAGCAGUGGCACAGCAUAAUCUGAUAUCCCAAUUUUGUAACAUCGCACCUCAUGCUUGCGACCCGUUGUGCGCUCCUGUUCUUCUCUCGAGAGUCAGUUUCAAGUGAGCACCCUAGUGAUUCUGUCCUCAUUGAUGAAGCCUUUUCACAGUCAACAUUGGCAGUGCCAGUGAUUGGGCCAGAUGAUUUCCUUUGUGGUUCAUCCAAUAUUGGGCUUGUUUGCUUAUACACACAGACAACAACAAUCAAGAUAAUAAACCUUGCAACUGGUGGAUGCCUACAUCUCGAGAAACCUGCAAAGAAUUUGGCUGGUGAUUAUUCCUCGUUGUACAGCUUUGGAUUUCGUCCAGUGACCAAAAAAUACAAGGUCACACACUUCCUUGGUGAUAGCCGUAAGGCUCACCCCCGUGCAAAAGACAGCUUCUAUGCCAUUCAAGUUCACACACUUGGUGAUGAGAAAUGGAAAGAUGUAGGAUCCCCAGAAGCUCUAAGCUUGAACUGUGUGAAGAACUCUGGAGUAGUCAACGUUGAUGGAAUAAUGUAUUGGCUAACUGAAGACCAGGGAGCUAGUUGGCAGCAUGCAGUCAUCUCCUUUGAUCUUAGCAGAGAAAGUUUUGGACGGAUACAACUGCCAACAGUAGUACUUGAAGAUUUCGCAUUUUAUGGUCCUCAUCAGUACUGGAUCAAAGAGAUAGAUGGAAAGGUAUGCAUCGCAACAUCUCAAACUACUCAAAAUCAGCCCAGAGAGCUUAUAGGUGAGAUUCAGAUCUGGACUCUUCACAUCCAUCUAGAGCAAAGGUGGAUCCAGAAGUACAUGAUCCAGUCCUCACCGCAGUGCAUUCUUGGACCAAAUAUUUUCCAUGGGGAUAAGAUUUUGUCGCAACAAUAUGGUAGCAUCCUAUAUUCUUGUGAGUUGCUUGGAAAGAACCUAGAGGUUAAAAUGAGCAAUGCAGAUAGGCUGUUAGAUUUCACGCCCCGCAAGCCAGGGAACAUGCAAUCCUACACCUUUGUGAAAUCACUUGUACGGUUAGAUGCAUACAAGAAGGCUAGUAUUGUGCGUAGACCUAAAUGGUAGGAAGGCUGGGAAUUGAAGAAGUGGGAAGCAUGGGAGAGCAACCGUUGCGUGCUAGAGGAUACAUGGAAAGACGUGCAGCAUUUGGAGUAAGAUUAUCUUGUAACUAGGAAGAAUUUCCACACAGUAACCAACUGGCUGUUGCUGCGUCAACCGGAUGAUGAAGCAUUGAAGUGUAUAAGCAUGAGAAUUGAUCAAAUGUUGCGUUGUCUAUCAGAUUGUCCAAAUCAGGUAGGUAAUCCUGUAUUUAAAUGGGAGUUGAAAAGCUUUUGUAUUAUCAAAGGCGUGAUGAUAUUAGGAGUUUAUAAGUAAACUGCAAGUAGUAUUGUAACAAAUAUCUUGCCUGAGAGUUCAGCAUCCAAGGCCACUCCGGCGUCUUAAUUGGUUGGAGCAGAAGCAGGACUUGGAUGAUUUAAAGGCUUAUGUGAAUAGACUAAGAGAUACUGUUAAGGUAUUCUCUAGCAAACAAUAUUUACAUAUAUCGCUGAAACAUUGCUAAUUGACAGAGCUAACCUGCCUAUCUGCCUCAAAUCAAGAAGGUGGUGACCUCUUAAGGAUGAUAACAAGUUAUUUACGCGAUCAGGUAAAUGUCUAUGUAGGCGCUAAUCUUUUCUGUUACAGGUCGCAAUCUCCUUUUACAUGUUUCGAUCUGAUCCCAUCUGCAACAUACAAGGAAUUUAAAUUCUCGCAAGAUAACUAAUUAACCAUGUUCUCUCCAUUUGUACAGAUGACUGACCUCCCUAAUGUGUUUAUUGUUCCAUCUUGUAUACGAGUUAAGUUGUAUAGCUACUGAAUUCAAUGAGUUCUUUACUCUAGCAAUCCACUUAUGGCAUAUUUUCACAAUAUGAAAAUAACAAAUUGUCAAGGUUUUAGUAAAUACACUUCUAGUGAAAAUGUGAACUGAACAAGCUUCGCUACACUUCCAAUCUUUCAUGGUGUAUUCUUCUAUAGUUAAUUUAACCAGUAUUAUAUAUUUAUCUUUUGGAAUUUGAGAGAUUCCCUUGUCUUGAGGUUUUGUGGGGAUUCUAGGCCCCCAUAGACUUGAUGAUAGUACCAAACACUUGUACUUUUACUCCAUUUCACAGGGUGUGUGGAUUCCCACAUCUGGUUCUUCUACUUAGUGGCUUCGACCUUCAACACUUCUGCUCGGUGGUGGCCAUGCGAGAUGAUGGUGACGAUUUGAAGAUUACUGAAAUUCACAUGGCAUUAUGGUUCUAUGUGGCAGGAAUUCUUGCUACUAUCCGUUCUAUCGUUUAGUUUUUCUUUGAGAACCUCCACUUCUGUUUUCUUGAAGGAUUUUUGAACUCUUGCUGUCUGUCAUGUUAAACCAGUGAUGUUUUAGUCACCAUCUAUAUUAUGUUAAUGGAGUUUUCAUGGCUAUUAUUAUAUCCAUGGAAAAUUUUAUCGCUGUAUUAGAAAUUCAUACGGUUCGAUUA